AUGAGUUCCCCUGGACCAGAACGACCCCAGCUUUGCGUACAUCCACGCCUCGCCUUGCUCGUGCUAGGUGCGGGGUUCGCACAGCUCUGCAACGCCCCUUGCUGCUCGUCGGUUCGCUUUGCUCGCAUCGAGACCAUCAACCGCGGAUGGGACCACCCGUCACUGCAGGACGACUUUUGCGCCGCAGCGAUGAACGUUAGCGGGUCGACCUACUCUGAACGAAUCGACAAGUUGAUCUUGGUGGCCCAUUCCAUGGGCAAUUUGAUUGCCAGUGGCGCGUUGGCUUCUGGUCGGUGCAACAUGGCAAAGAACGUGCAUUGGAUUUCGAUUGCUGCACCGAUGGAAGGCACCAAGAGCAGCAAUUGCAUUGAAAAGCCGUACCCAUGA